CAGCAUAGCACACAGAAUCCUUUGUGAGGCUCCAGUGCAGUUGGCGCACCCCUAAACUCCAAUAAACAACAACAACAAAACAACAAGAGGCUCCAAUGCGUGAAAUGGAUGAAAACAGACGUGACCCCGACCGCAGGCCGCUGCCGCCCCGAGCCUGCCGCGCCGCCGCCGCACAGCUCGCCGGAGAGGAGUCGCCUCGAGUGAUGCCCCAGGACCAACCGGCGGCGCCCAAAGCCGACGAGAAGAAGCCGCCCAAGUGCAAGGCGUGCUGCGCGUGCCCCGAGACCAAGCGCGUGCGCGACGAGUGCAUCGUGCGUAACGGCGAGGAGAACUGUCAGCCGCUGAUCGAGGCGCACAAGCAGUGCAUGCGCGACAUGGGCUUCAACAUCUAGAGUCGGCUGUUUUCUC